AUUCACUAGAUUAUUUGCCGUGCUGUCGUCUUUCUCGGUGCAUCUUCUUUGUUUGGCGAAUUAUUUUGACACGUCUGCUUAAACUGAUUAAUGCAAAGAGCUCGCAAGUUGUAAGACGUUCUGGUAUAGUGAUGAAAAAAUAUAAGGAAAUUGGAAUCUUGCUAAUUUUAGUGGUGGUGGAUUUAAUUAAUGGGAAUAUAUUUUACAACGUGGUUAAUCGACAAAGUCCCUGCAAUACUGUUUGCGAGGAAUCAUCCUACUUCGGAAAUAACAUAAAUAUAAAGUCAUGCUGUCAACGAGGAUGCAGAUUUUUUAAUCUUGUCGAUCGACGCGGAGGUCUCGAACCUGACAAUUUGAAUGCAACUGAAUAUACUUGCGAAGCCGCAUGUGACGAAGCAUAUGAUAGAAUUAUCCAAGAUCGGAUUGCCUGCAGAAUGGGUUGCGGGUUCAUGGCGAAACGUCGUAUUUCGGACCUGAUCUCGCUGGUUUCCAUUGCUAUGUAUGUAGAAGAAGGAGUUAAUUCAGGGAUUUUAUUAAUGUCACCCGAUAUACCAGAAAAUGACAUCUUAACUGAUCCUGGACUUCGAAAGGAACUGUUUCCUGGAUGGUGGGAUUCUAAUGGAUUUAAAUUACCCCAAACUUAUAUUAAGACUGUACCAAUUGAUUCAGGGAAAAAAUUUUUAUUAAUGACUCACCAGACAUCGGAUUAUGGAAUACCAUCCGAUUACUCUGGAGAAAACGAACAGUCUGUGUCUAUGCCAGGAUCGGAUUGGCUGCAGUGUGCUUCGCGUCACACUGGAAUACCACGUUGGCUACUGGCAUCAUCCAUUGCAGUAGCUGCUCUCUCGGCCCUUUGGCUUUGUUUAUCUCCAGACAAAUCGAUUGAAUUAGGAGAAGGCAUUCUUGAAAAAUCUAGUGUUCCUAACAAGAUGACGAUGUAUAUACCAGGGGAGGAGCCUCUACAUAAAAAGCCCCCUCCUAAAUACAGUGAAGAAGACGAUCUAAUCAAUGUAAACGUCAAAGUUUAAAUAAGCAUUUCUCGUUGUUGAUAUAUUCAUGAUUUUUUUAAAUAUUUAAAUUUUCAUCUAAUAAAAGAAAACACUAUGAUUUUCGAAAGGCUCCGAUCGCUGUGGUAUUGCUUUAACGAUCAUCCAUCGCAUUGCCUUGAGAAUUAUAAUGAAGUUAUUACAAAAUUAUUUUGUACGUUUGUUACAAAAGAAUUUUUGUUACUAUUAAGACAAUAUUACAAUUUGGAGGAAAAACAAAAAAAACGUUUUUCCAAAUUAAUCAAAAUGUUACCAGAAGUCAAAUGAUAGCAAUGCCUUUGAUGGAUUAUUAAGGACAUAUCGUUUUUCACGAUGAGUGUAAUUUUAGAAACAGCUUCCUAUACGAAUAUGUUUAUACAAUUAAAAAAUUUUAACAUCCUCAUGCAAGCUGAAUUGUGAUCAUAUUUAGCGCUGACUUUUCACAAAUGGAUAAUUUCAUUGACGUUUUAGAAUUUAGUUUUCAAAGUACUGAUAUGAGGAGAAAAAAGUACGUCAUCGAUCAAAGGCUGUAUUAAUUUCAUACAUCUAAGUUUCUGUUAAAUAGAACAUUAACACCUUAAAAAUACUCUGUCACGCAUGCAGUAUGUAAGACUAGCUUUACAUUUUAUUUAGGAUUAGUGACUCAAGUUGAUCUAUAGGAAUAAAUGUAGGAAUAUUCAUUUUGAAAAAGCCAACAAAGAACGACUCCCGGUACGUUUUGAUUUUAAAAUGUAAUAGUCACUGCGUAAUGCAUAUCGUGUAAUCGAUGUACCAGCUGCUAAGCAAUCUUCUGUUACUAAAGUAGAUUAAGAAAGACGAUUCUGUAUUUAUCUGUAUACAGCUACUAUAUUUACUUGCUGUUUAUUUGCCAUGAAUUCCUUUAAAUCGUCUACAACCCAAUUUUGUCGAGACUGGCCGUAAUAAGUACAACGGUACAAGUGGAAAAAGCGUGCGUGAAGCACAGUCUUUUAUUAUACAACUCUCAUAAAUAAUACACGAGUAACUAGUAUUUUACAAAAGUAUAGCGUUUCGUUCGUUACGUGUCAAUUUACUAUCGAACCGGGCUAAUUUUCAUCCAGCAAGCGAAACAUUGCUGAGAAUCGUUUGCGAUGCAUCCGAUAGGCCAUUUAUUUGAUUGAAAAAAAAAAAAGAUGUAUAUGUACAUGUGAUAUAUACACGUAAUAUGUACACACGACCACGGUCUACAAUUUCCUAUCACACUACCCAUCGUGUUGAAAUCCAAGGAAUAAAAAUUGAUGUCAAUCUAA